CCAUCACCUUCCUGUUUCCUGCUGCAUUUUGUUUUACUACAUGGCCGUAACCCACGAGGCAGACAAUCCAUUGCCAUCAGCCUGAGAAGGACAUGCCAAGCAGACCUCUGCGAGUGCGUGGCCAGUCUCCAGAAGGCAAGUUACCCUUUCGUUGGAAGCCACCUUAUGGAGCAGGCUUCAGAGGUCCCCGCAGCAGAUCGCAAGGUUCCCUCCGCGGGUAUGGAGAGAGCAGCCGAAGGCUGAGUUAUGCUCCGCUGCCGCAGGAGCGACAACACCAGGAAGCCAGGAAGCUGGCCUCUGAGUCAGUUCAUGUGGUUUCACUGCCAUCACGGAGCUCUCAAAGACGAAGCCAACCUGUCUAUAGAUCAUCUUUAACUAAAAGAAAAGUGACAGAGGAGGAAGAGGUGGAGGUGGCAAAAGAUAUAACUGUUCGAGUGAUGUCCUCUCACUCUGUACUUGUUGCCUGGACAGACCCUCUGUAUGAAAAACAGAAACCUGGAGCAAACAGCAGGCAGUACAGCGUUCGCUAUCGGGAGAAGGGGGAGUCGGCAAGGUGGGACUACAAGCAGGUCUCCAACCGGCGGGCACUGGUGGAGAAUCUGCUGCCAGACACCAUGUAUGAGUUUGCUGUCCAAAUCUUGGAGGGAUAUAAGGAGGGCAAAUGGAGUGCAUCUGUUUACCAGCGGACCCCAGAAGCAGCUCCUUCCAGUGCACCUGAAAACUUGGAUGUUUGGCCACUAAAGGGGAAACCAACCUCUGUAGCAGCAUCCUGGGAUGUUCUCCCAGAAAGUGAAGGAAAAGUCAAAGAAUACAUUCUCUCAUACGCCCCGGCUCUGCAGCCCUUUGGAGCCAAGUCCAUCAGCUACUCUGGAGCUACAACGUCAGCCAUCGUAGAUGGUCUGCAGGCUGGGGAGCGCUACGUUUUCAAAAUCCGGGCAGCAAACAGGAGGGGACCAGGCCCUCAGUCAAAAGCCUUCAGUGUUGCCAUCCCAGCAGCCACUCCUGAGGAUUCAGCUGCUCAGCAGCAAACAAAUACUCGAGAUAAUUCAGGGGCAAAAAAAAAUGGGCAUGCUGGCUCAUCUUCUUCUCAGACUUCUUCAGGUGCUUCAAAAGUCCAGCCAUCACUUUCCUCUAAGCAGCCUGCUGUUCGUUCACCUGGCGUUAGUGACAAAAAGAAUCCUCUUUCUGAGUACAAGAAUAAAAUCUUGACUGGAGGAGUCCCAAGUAAAUCUCAGUUACCUUCUAGGAAAAUGGGAGAACUGGAAUCUGGUCUCCAGUCCACUGAGGUGACAGAUGGUGGUGAUUCCUCCCAAGAAGCUCCAACGCCACCACCAAAAGCCCAGGAUCAGAGGAGAAAUGUUAGACCCUUGUCACCUAGUCAGCCAGUCCAUCCUGUCCUUGCCUCAGGGAGGACCUCUGUUCAAACGCACACAUCAGAGGGGUCACAGCAGGCAAACACAGAGAAACGUGAGCCACCAGCACUGUUACCGUCAUCAACACAGCACUCUUCUGCCUCAUCUCUUCCUAAGUACACAGAUAAUGAAACAAAGCAGCCGAGGCAAAGCAAUACUAAUGUACCUUCUAAAACUGCUUCCCAUGGUCUGCCUGCCAAAAAAAAGGGUCUUGCAGGUAACGUGGAAGGAAAGGCAGACCCCUUACUGGUGAAAGUGUCUUCUAAAACUUCAGAGCCUGGCCACCUGGCUUUGCCAUCAAACCGACAGUCUGCUGUCUCUCGUGAUGCUGUCCCAAGCCAUCCCAGUAGGUCUGGCUCUCUAAGUCAUUCACAUCAGCACCCUUCCAAACCAGCAGAUUCCCACUCUCAUAAUGAGUUUGACAGUGAAGAAACAGAGGACAGAGCAGGACAUCCCAGUUCUAGAUCACAGCAAUCAAGGCUGCCUUCAGGCUCCAGUUCUCGCGCAUGGAAGGAUUCAAAACUGGCUGCGGUGGCAGCGUCAUCGAGGUCUGCUGUUCCUAGUCAUGUUUUACCUCACUCUCGCUCUUCCACCAGUGCCAAAUCUGAUGGAAAGGAUGUUAAUAAGAGUUAUAUGGACAACUCACAAGAUGCAGGUAGCAUAUUUCCUUCUCUACACUCUUCCAGACAGUCUUCUUCAGCAAUCUACUCCAAGAGAAGGAAUCCUCAGGUAGAUACUGAUUCUCAUCUCAGAGAGACACCCAGUGAAAAGUCACCCCAGUCUGCCUCAGAAGAACAGCAGAGCCAAGCAGCUGCUCCAGAAAAGAAUUCUCUUUUGCAGUCUUCUCUUUCCAAACAUAAGGCUGAAGAACAGGACAGACAAGAGGUGAAAGAAACACCUGCUCGAUCAAAACCAAGUUUAUCUUUGCCUAAAAAGAUGUUCCACUCUCAUCUUCCAUUGGAGAAGACCUCCCACUCAGAGCCUCCACAGAAGGCACAAACCAGUCUGUCCUUACUGCAUUCAAGGGGCCGCCGCCUUCCAUCUCCUGUCUCAUCCCAGAGUAAUGAAGAACUGCAGGAAGGUGAUGAUGAAGAUGUAACAGAAAGCAAUGACAGGGCAAGCAGCCACACUGUCUUACCAAAAGACGUGUCCCCUUCUAGGGGAUUACCUGCAUCUUUCUCUCAGGGAAGCUCAAGUUCACCUCUAUCAAAGCAGCCAGGUUCUCAGGUGCCUUCCUACAACCCAAAGCUUCCUCAGCCAGACUCCAGUUCUGCCAGUGACACAGCAAAAAACAAUCAGAACAACCCAAGGUUGUCAUCUACUUCUUCAAGGCAAUCUCGUCCUUCGUUACCUACUCACACAAGGGCUGCUACAAGAACAGUGUCCCAAACAGAGAAAAAAUACAGCCUGUUGCCCUCCAAAACGUCCAAAGCUGAACUUCCUCAAAAUGUGCCUUCCUCCUCUUCAUCUAAACCUCAUCAGUCAGUUUCUAAUGAUGAGGAUGAUUAUUACAGUGAAUAUGAUCAGAAAGAACUGGAAGAGAAACCUACAUCUUUGGCAGCAAAAUGGUCCCCUUCUGUUUCUAGAGGUAACAAAAACUUAUAUGAUGACAGUACUAACACUAAAAGGAAAUCCUUUGACACUCCUCUACCUCACAAAGUAACCUCUGAAGGAGAAGAGGAGGAAGAAAAAGCUCCAUUAAAAACGCACUCUCCUGAGUCACCAGGAAGCUCUGCCAUAGCAUCACGGAUUACUCAGUCCUCUAACAAACACAUCCCAUCUAAACCGAGCUUUGUCUGGCCACGUUCUUCUACCACCACACACACUGCUGCUCCAGCAGUUUCUUCUUCCACCUUGUCCCCUCGCCAGCGGCUGUUGAACUCCAGGCUACGGAGCUCUUCCCAGCGGCAGUUCACUAGGCCUGCCUAUCGACAAGGUUACAGUGGCAGACCGAAUCUUACAACAAAAAAUGACAAUGGAAAUGGAAAAAUAAUCCCUGGUAAUAACGGAAAACCAAGUGGGCAGAGAGUAAUCAAUGGUCCUCAAGGAACAAAGUGGGUUGUAGAUCUUGACCGAGGGCUGGUGUUAAAUGUUGAAGGAAAAUACCUCCAAGAUUCCCAAGGGAAACCUCUCCGAGUUAAAUUAGGAGGGGAUGGACGCACAAUUGUUGAUGAAAAGGGUGCCCCAGUAGUGAGUCCUGAUGGAUUACCUCUGUUUGGACAUAGCAGGUUUAGUAAACCUGUAGCGAGUGCUCAAGAUAAACCAAUAAUAAGCCUUGGAGGGAAACCUCUGAUUGGUCUUGAAAUGAUUAAGAAAACAACCACUCCCACAACUACUACUACAGUACCUCCAACAACUACCACAACAACUACAACCACAACAACUACAACCACUACAACUGUUGCUACAACUACCACCACCACUCCUGAACCAACCACCACUGAACUGCUGACUGAGAAACCACCCCCAACUUGUCCUCCGGGCACCUAUGGGCAGUAUGAUGAUGAGGGCAACUUGCUGAUGGGGUUCAAUGGCCUACCAGAGUGCAACGCAGAAGACACCUUCUCAGGACUGGAUGCAGAUGUGACAACAACUCCGGAGGCAUACGUGAUAUAUGAUGAUGACUAUGAGUUCUUUGAGAGCACUUUGCCACCAACCACCACCACUGUCACCACCACCACUGCUUCUGCAAUGACAGAAUCUGAAGUUGUCUAUCCAGAGACCAGUGUUGUUGGCACAGGUCCUGUGUCAGAGUAUGAUAUUGCUGGCAAGAAACGAUUCACUGCUCCUUACGUGACCUAUCUCAAUAAAGAUCCAGCAGCCCCCUGCUCCUUGACAGAGGCCCUGGAGCACUUCCAAGUGGAGAGCCUUGAUGAAAUCAUUCCCAAUGACCUCAGAGAAAAAGAGAUGCGUCCACUGAAAGCUCCCCACAACAUCACUGUUGUGGCAGUUGAAGGCUGUCACUCCUUUGUCAUUGUGGACUGGGCCAAACCUGCUCAAGGAGACAUGGUAACAGGCUAUCUUGUUUACAGUGCAUCCUAUGAUGACUUCUUAAAGAACAAGUGGUCAACCAGAACUGCAGGGACUACUCAUCUGCCAGUUGAGAACCUGAAACCAAACACAAGGUAUUAUUUUAAAGUCCAAGCGAAGAAUCCCUUUGGUUAUGGACCUGUUAGCUCAUCAGUCUCAUUUAUCACAGAAUCUGAUAAUCCUCUCCUGGUUGUCAGACCACCUGGUGGUGAGCCUAUCUGGAUCCCGUUCACGUUUAAGUACGACUCCACUUACUCAGACUGCAGUGGCAAGCAGUACGUGAAGCGCACUUGGUACCGCAAGUUUGUAGGAGUGGUUCUUUGCAACUCCUUAAGGUACAAGAUUUACCUCAGUGAUGACCUGAAAGACACCUUCUACAGCAUUGGGGAUAGCUGGGGAAGGGGCGAGGACCACUGCCAGUUUGUGGACUCACACUUAGACGGAAGAACGGGACCUCAGUCAUACGUUGAAGCCCUGCCCACCAUCCAAGGGUAUUACCGCCAGUACCGCCAGGAGCCUGUGUCGUUUGGCCGUAUUGGACACACCACACCCUACUACUACGUGGGCUGGUACGAGUGUGGCGUGCCCAUCCCAGGGAAAUGGUAGCAGCCAGCUUUCCUGGUUUAGGCAGACCAUGCUUUUGAAAUGACUUCUACCAAUGGACUCUCAGCAACAGAUUUAGAAAAGACCAGAAAAAAGGCAAAGGGGAGAAGUGAGGCAAAGCAGUGAAGAGCAGCCGCUCAAGAGAUCCUCAUGAAGCUAAAUAUGGGCCCCCCCUUGGCCAGCCUGCGUCUGUGGUGCUGCUUGAUUUCUGCUUGGAAGCAGGGAAAGGAAUCAAGUCUGGCAUCCUGCCUUCCUCCUCUGGGUCUUCAGGGCGCAGAGAGGUGGUUGCAGUGUGCGCAACCUGUCAAAACUAAAACUGUAUUAGCCUUGAAAAUGUGGAAUUCUCUUGUGUCUUGCAGGAACGACCUAAGCAUGCUGUGCUUGCUCAAUGGGAUGCUAAACUGUCCUUUGCUGCUGGCUGGGGCUCUGCUCUGCAGUUGUGUCAUGCAACUGGCCACGCACCAAAGGCAGUAUAUUCUCCUGAAGACUUACCCUGUGAGUUCCCCCACAGCUGGACUAAUCACUAGGUCACAGUGUAAAUUCACUUUGAGAUGUGUGUAUAUCUAUAUCUAUAUAAAUACAGUACUGUACAUCUGCUGAAAGUACUGCUUAGAGAUGCUGAGAUUUUCCUGUUCACUAGGUAAAUGUUUGGACUUUCUGUGUAAAAGGUGCUGUUAAUUCUUUGAGGUAUUGCUAUGCACAGUGUAUUAGCCAAGGAAAGAGCUGUAUUCUUCCUGUGAGUACUGUUGAGUUAGCAUUUGAGUUAUCAAUUAAAGUCCUGUGUCCUUCU